AUGUUGUCCUUGAACAUUUCAUCAUACUCGAAGCCAUCGGGGUACCAGAUUUCUGAGUUGGCCAAGCCGGAGCUCAGUGAUCCAAAAGAUGUGAUCAUUAAGGUUCAUGCGGCGAGCAUCAAUCCAAUCGACGUGAAGAAAGCUGAUGGGAUGCUGAAGUUGGCGAUAAAAGACUCCUUUCCAUAUAAACUCGGCUAUGACUGUGCCGGUAUAGUCACGGAGAUUGGAUCGGAUGUGACGCGGUUCCAAGUCGGAGAUGAAGUCUAUACUAGACUACCGGAGGUUUCUCGAGGCAUGUGCAGGCCUGAUGAUCAGAUAGGUGCCACUAACAUUCGAUUAAUAGGAUCCUGCAGUGAAUUUGCCAGAUGUCCAGAGAAAUACGUUGCCCUGAAGCCGCCGUCGUUGUCAUUCGAGGAUGCAGCUUCAAUCCCUUUGGCAGCAAUGACUGCACUUCAAGCACUAAGAAAAUACAAAGGAGAUCUGGCUGGAAGGACUGUCUUUGUGCCCGCCGGCUUGAGUGGAACAGGUCUGUUUGCCUGCCAAUUGGCAAAGAAUGUCUUCCAUGCAGGCAAGGUCAUCACCACAGUCUCAACCUCAAAGGUGGAAAAGGUCAACGAGCUCCUAGGCGAAGGAACGGUGGAUGAGAUAAUUGACUACACGAAAUCCGACCCAAAACAGGUCAUCAAGUCUGGCUCCGUGGACUUCCUCUUUGACACGGUUGGUUCUGCAAUGGAGUACCUCUGCCUAAUGAAACCACACUCUGGACGUAUCGUGUCGGUUGCGACCAUGCCAUCGGGCAACCAGCUCCAGGAAUCCUCAAUGAACGAUCUGCCCAAUAAGCAGAACAUCCCCAUUGCUUUACGAAUGGCACUUAAUACUUUCGAUUGUGUCCGUAAACUGAGGGCAUGGCGGUAUGGUGUCGAGUAUUCAUAUAUGUUUCUGGAAUCGAGUGGUCAAGAUCUGGACGAGUUAAGAAACCAUGUUGAGGAACACAGGUUGAGAACGGUGGUUGGAAACACUGUUGAGCUCUCCGACAUCGAAGCAGUGCGAUCAGCGUGCCAGAUUGUUUACAGUGGGAAGGGAGGUCUCGGGAAGGUGGUUGUCAAAGUUGCUAGUUCAUGA